AUGGCUGAUCCGACCUGUAGCCACUGGCUUUGGGUAUCUGGUGGAAAGAAUCCAUCGAUUCGCCAGUCUGGAAGAUUGAAACAAAUUACGUCUGCACUUGAUUCGCAGGCUCCGUGUCCGAGCAUGAAUAUCCUGAUCGGUAGUCGUCAGCCGAUGGACUUGAUCACGAAGCCAAAGCGCAAUCCCGGGUCGCUCUGUCUAGACCUAAGCUCAGGAACUGCAGAUUGUGAACCCCUACUACUCGCCAGUGCAGCUCUGCCCUCACCUGGCUCAACGAAGAGGUUUCGAUGUUGCCCGUCAAAGAAAGAGACCUUGCUGAGAAGCAACAUCUCCGAUAUUGAUGCACAAACGUUCGUGUACUCUCGUCUACUAUAUCCCUUUGUCGAUGUUUUCUGUUUGUAUUCGUAUGGUCUAUCAGACCUAACAAAGAUCUCGCGCUGGAUCGCUACCUGGCCAUCACAGGAACAUACGAUUUGGAAGCCCUCCCUCUUAGUUAUCCUUGACGGAAGGCAUGAGCAGCAGUCAGAUGCUGCAACUAUCGCGGAACGGGUAUGCGCAUCAACGGUGAAGACUAUUGCCUCCAGAGCAUUGGAUUCUUACUUUUUUGAAGCAGCUUUCGUUCGAAGUCCUGGCGGAAGCUUAUCUUCUACAAAUCACACUUAUCUGCACCGGCACAUUUCUUCCGCUCGCCAAAGACGUCAAGACGCGGGCUUAUUGUUCUCCGUGGAGCACUUUGACACGCUUUUCGACAGGGCAUUCGAGUCAGCAUCGAUUUUGCACGAACAACUUUUUGAUCCCGUUCUCUCUUCUCGGCGAGAUUUCCCAGUCUCGACCCAGUUGGCGGACAAUCUCGUUCAUUUUACUGAUCAGGUACACCUGGCAAAGGACCUCCUCUCAUUUGCGUCGCCUAUCAUUGCUUCAAGCUUGCUGCUCGAUCAGUACAUGCCCGAUAUGCACCUGUUCAACCCCAAGGAUGUUUUCAAUCGUUUGUAUCGGGAUGCCUGUACACGCGCUUGCAAUCAGACAGCCAUGAAAGACCGUAAUGAUGGCUUUCUACUUCCAAGCAGUCUCCUCAGCUCGAUCUCAAGCAAUUUGAUCGGCCUAUUCGGCCGUCUCAAGGAAGGUGAAAGAGCAGUAUCAGUGCAUCGAUCGACCCUAGCCAUCCACGUAGAACGCUGGCCAGACGUGAAGAUCAAGAAUAUUUGUUUAUCCUGCCUAGUACAAGUUCCACAGCACAAGCUAUGGUGUGGUCACUGGGUAUGUGAGAACUGUCUGCAGGUCUUUGGAACAUCCAAUGCAGCUGACCCAUUUCUCUUCACCCUGCCUCAUUGCUUGCUCGAUGGACAACCUGUGAACUUGGUCGUGCGUAUUCGGCCGCCUACAGCUGGUCAGUCCAUUAUCUGCAUUGAUGGAGGAGGUGUACGGGGUAUCAUUCCUCCAGCUAUCUUGAACAAGAUCCAAGAGCAACUUGAUCUCCCCAUACCGGUACAGGAGUUCUUUACGAUGGCGUACGGUGUCAGUGCUGGUGCACUGAUCGUACUUGCUAUGUUCGCUGACGGCUGGUCCGUCGAACGUUGCGCUAUUGAAUUUGAGCAGCUUGCGAGAAUGGCUUUCCGUCCUAAUCUGCUUCCACCAUUGCCAGGGGCGAACUGGAUUCGAUCAAUUCUGCUGGACUCAAUGUAUGCAGAGAGCAAUAUCGAGACACCCCUCAAAACGGCGUUUGGUGAUGGGGUGUUGACCGAAACCCCCUAUGCCAAAAGAGUAGGGUCCAAAAUUGGUGUGCUAACUGCGACAGUAGUCCGACCCUCACUCUGCCUUUUUACCAACUACAACGGUACUGGUAGAGAGAGGAAUGGUCAUCUGGUGCUUAGGGAAGCUGACAAUGUGAAAACUUGGGAAAUCGGACGGAUUGGCACCGCUGCCCCCUUGUACUUCCCGGCCAAAUAUCUUGCUGGACUGGGAACGUUCCAAGAUGCUGGAGUCUUGGCGAAUAAUCCUAUCGUCGUUGCAUUGGCCGAGUUUGCUGCAAUGAAUGAAAAUACACAGCCUGAUAUUUUGUUGAAUAUAGGCACUGGAACUUUACCGAAAGAUACGCUCAAAGAUCAACGGCCGAGGUUCGUCAAAGACAGCUGGCUUAUUCGACUGAAGCGAGCAUACAUGUCACUCAUGCAGGGAAAGAAGAAUUGGGAUGAUGCUGCAAAUACCAGUAAUUCGAUGGGGGGUGGCGGUGGUCGGUAUAGGCUGGACCUCACUCUCACUCAACUUCCCUCCCUUGACGAUAUUGCAUCGAUGCCCCGACUGACUUCUUUGGUAAGUUCCGAUGCCACAAUGCUCCGAGUCAUACCCAAUAUCGCGCAUCAUCUGUUUGCCACUCUUUUCUACUUCGAGCUAGAUACCUUGCCUCAGACUUCGGGAUCUAGCCUCGAGUUAAGUGGACAAAUACUAUGUAUUCGAAAGGGACAGGAUCGAGCGUUGCCAGAGAUCACUAAGCGGCUGCGCAAGUCAACCGUAUACGUCAAUGGAAAGUCAGUGCUCCCUGUACUGGAGAUAGAUGAGCAUGGUAACAUUCAAUUAGCCGUCAGUUGUAUAGCUGGCCAUUCUAUUUCCAUCGAACUACAGCAAGAGGGGAGUAAGCAGGCCUUCCCACUCAGCGGCUCACCGUAUAAUCUCUCAAAGCUCAUCGCCAGCACUUCGGCAACUGCUGUUUUUGGGACAAGAACACAUAAGAAAAGAAAGCGAGAAGUAGCAUGCAGCCGUCCUUCAAAGCGUAGAAAGCGUUGCGGAGUUUGCUUUUUGUCUUGA